CUGGAGCAGCUAGACAUCGCAAGACAGGCCGCGAGAGACGCGAUAGCCCUCGCCCAGGAAGAACAAGCCAAAGCCUAUAACAAAGGGAGGAAGCCUGCACCCGUGUUCGCCGAAGGCGAGCGAGUCCUGGUCAACCCUCACUCGUUGGAGUGGGUGGAGUCGAAGGGGAAACCGAAGCUGAAGCAGAGAUGGAUUGGGCCCUUCAAAGUUGCGCAACGUAUCAGCCCGAACACUUACCGCUUGCACAUGAACGACAAAUACCCCGGAUUCCCGGUCUUCAACAUC